AUGAGUUUCAGACGGUUUUGGGGAUCGAAGCUAAUUAAAAGUUUUUGUUCCGUAAAGACACCAAACUAUUCUACACAACCUCAACCGAUCGAUUCAGAAAAAUUUAAUUCGCUUUCAAAAAAUAAAAAAAAACUUGUCUUAAAAAAUUCUUUACAUCAUUCAAUAACUCUUUCUCAAUUUUCUUCUUUCUAUUCAUCACAAUAUGGUCAAGAUCGUUGGCAAAAUCUUUUUCAAUCUUUACAAAAUCCUACAAGAUAUUGCGCACUUGUCAACAAAUUCACCUCUCCUAGGCAAAUUCAAUCAUUUUUAUCAACCACUCCUAACCUUGAACAAGUUUCAUUUCUUGAUUUGCCUUGCUACGUUUCUUCCGAAAGGUUUAAACAACCUGAAAAGGAUGAAAAUGGGAUACUAAACUAUUAUUUGUUAGAUGCUGCAAGUAUUAUGGUAGUAAAAGCGUUUGACUUGAAUGUUAAUGAUGUUAUACUAGAUUUAUGUGCUGCUCCUGGUGGAAAAAGUCUCGUCAUCCUCCAAUAUUUGUUAUCUUCCAUUAUUCACAACAAUAAUAAUUUCAAUAUGGAUUAUGGUGGAUUUUUAACAGCAAAUGAUCCAUCUCCUAGUAGAUGCAGGCGUCUAAAACAAGUUAUAACUGAUUACAUUCCACUUUCAUUACAACAUCAUAUAAAAAUUUUAUCUUUAGAUUUAACUCUCUCAUUACCUACUUAUGAUAAAAUUUUAGUUGAUGCCCCAUGUUCUGCUGAACGCCAUUUAUUAAAUUCUAGUGAAUUUUCUAAAUGGAAACCGUCCAGAUCUAAAAUUAUGGCUCAAAAACAAUACAAAAUGCUAUUGGAUGCAGUUAAAGGUAUACACGUUGGUGGAUUAUUGGUUUAUGUUACUUGUUCGAUAAAUAAGUAUGAAAAUGAAGAAGUUGUAAAGAAAAUACUUAAAAAUAGUUGGGUGCCUUUAGAAGAAGUUAAGAGAGUGUGGAUGAUCGGAGAACCAUGUGAGAAAGGUUGGAUUAUUUUACCGGAUAAAUGCGAUGGGUGGGGUCCUUUGUAUUUUGCAAUUUUGAAAAGAGUCGGAGAAGGUGAAUUUAGAAAGAAAGAGAAAAGAACGUUUAGAAGAUUUAAUGUUGAUAAAAAUAUAGAAAAAGAUCACGAAGAAUGA